AUGUCUACAACUCUUGGCUCCUUCAUCGCCGGCGGCAUAGCAGCAUGCGGUGCAGUCACAGUAACCCACGGCUUCGAGACCGUCAAAAUCCGUUUACAACUACAAGGCGAGCUUAAAGCGAAGACCGACGCGCCGCGGUUAUACAGAGGUGUCUUCCACGGUGUGAACGUCAUCUUGAAGAAUGAAGGACCAAGAGGAUUGCUACGGGGGCUUGGGUGUGCCUACAUCUACCAGAUGACCUUGAACGGCUGCCGAUUAGGCUUCUACGAACCCAUUCGCAAGACCCUCACCAACGUCGUCUACAGCGACGCGGCCGUACAAUCCUUUGGCAUCAACCUCUUUGCAGGUGCUUCAUCUGGCAUUCUGGGUGCAGCAGCCGGCUCUCCAUUCUUCCUCGUAAAGACGCGCCUACAAUCUUACUCACCCUUCCUGCCCGUCGGCACACAACAUAAAUACAAAAACGCCAUCGACGGUAUGCGACAAAUAUACAGCGCCGAGGGCAUCAAGGGCCUGUACAGAGGUGUAGGGCCAGCCAUGGUCCGCACAGGUUUCGGCAGCUCUGUACAACUUCCCACAUACUUCUUCGCCAAGAGGAGGCUGGUAAAACAUCUGGGUAUGGAAGAGGGAAUGCCGCUGCAUAUUGCUAGCAGUACCGCGAGCGGCUUCGUCGUAUGCUGUGUCAUGCAUCCUCCAGACACAAUCAUGUCGCGAAUGUACAACCAGACCGGCAACCUAUACACAUCGGCAUUCGACUGCUUGAGCCGAACAGUCAAGACAGAGGGUAUUUUCGCUCUGUACAAGGGCUACUUUGCCCAUCUGGCGCGUAUUCUGCCACAUACGAUCCUGACUCUUACACUCGCUGAACAAACCAUCAAGCUCAUGCGUUUGGUAGAAGACCGGAUACUGCCCGCAGAGACCAAAGCGAACAUGUGA